AUGAAAUUGAGUGCAUCAAGAUACCUACAUAGUCAGUCGAUCGGCAACAUAGUCAGUCAUGGCGGAGACGAAUGUCAGCUCCCAGGAAGAGACACUGAAGUCAGUUAAACUCUAUUAUGAUGUUGAACGGAUAUACAAUGAACUUAAGGAGUUGGGAUACAGUAAAACGGACCCGCUAAAAAUAGAGGAUUUAUGCAAAAUAGACCAGUAUCACUACCAUGGAACGGAAGCAGUGCAAGAAGCAAUACAGUUAUUGAACAUAAAUGCUGACCACAAAGUUUUAGAUGUUGGUUCUGGCCUUGGUGGACCUGCCAGAUAUCUAGCCAAUAUUACCAAAUGUCAUGUUACUGCAAUUGAAAUUCAACAUCAGUUAGAUGUGACUGCGAAGGAUUUGACCAAGCGAUGUCAGUUGGAUCAUUAUGUUCAUCAUGAAUGUGGUGAUAUCUUGACGGCUGAUUUUGGCAGUAAUAAAUAUGACAUAGUAGCAAGUUGGUUAGUAUAUUUACAUAUAGCUGAUAAGAAGUCAUUAUUUAAAUCCUGUUAUAAGCUGUUGAAACCUGGUGGCAAAUUGUUUGCUGAGGAUUUCUGGACACAAGGUACUUUCACAUCGGAUGAAAAGAAAUUAUUAGACUCUGUAGUUUAUUGUCCUAAUCUGCCGGAUAAGGAGUCUUAUAAAGACUCCCUAAGUCAAGCUGGAUUCACAGAUAUACAGGUGCUUGACAUGUCUGAUGACUGGACUGAGCACUGUACCACGAGGCUGACUGACUUUCAAUCAAAGAAAGAGCGGCACACACGUGUUCUAGGACUAGAAACUGUUGCCGCUCUUGAAUUAUUUUACACUGUCGUGGCUGACUCAUUCACCAGUGGAAAACUUAAAGGAGGAAGAAUUUUAGCAACAAAGCCAUUACUAUAGCAUGUAUCCUACCGGGAUACUAUUUUAAAUGUGGGCAUUAAAGUAUCUUAAAGCGGGAGGGUCGUCACAUGUGCACGUGCAGGAAUUGAGACCCAAGCGAUGAUAACAACACACGCUAAAAACGCAAAGGCUCAUGGAUAGACGCUUGUUUGUAAACGAUGAUAAGCUAUGGCCAUCUGACGCAUGCACAGGUGACGAAUCCCCCGCUUUAAGUCAAUCUGGGUAUUAACAACAAUAUGGGUAUUGCAUUGGUUCUAGGUAUCAUUGUUGAUAUAUAUAUAUAUAUAUCACAGCAAUUAUGGAUAUCAUGGCUUAUCUAGGUACAUUUAAUAGUCAAUCUGGGUAUCUUGGCCAAACUGGGCAUUCUCUCUUUUCCAAGUACCAUACUCAAUCAAAUUUUGAACUUUUGUGUCAGCUUGGUAAUUUUUUGUAGCACAUUAUUGAUGGAGAAAUACUGUGAAAUAGCCACAGUGAAUUCGGCUCAAUGGAUGAAUUACCAGAAUAAUCCUAAUUUACAUAAACUGCCUUUGUGUCUUUUAAAUAAUGCUACAUUUUUAAAUUAGUGCAAUUACAAAUUAGCUACUCAAAAAAUUAUUCCUAAACUAUGAUCAUGUUAAAUUGUUCAGUCAUAUUACAUAUUUUCAAGAAACUAAAGAAAUCACAAUAAAUAAGUAUAC